ACCAAAAAAGUUGCGACAAAAAAGCCAAUGAAAAUUACUAAACAAGUGAAUUGAAAGAAAAACGCGAGCAACGACAACGUCGUCUUCCAUUAAAAACCAAACAAAAAUAAUAUCUUCAUUCCUCCUCCCCGACCAACAGAUAAGAAAAUAAAUACCAAUAAAAACUAAGCAAACAAAAUAUACGCACACGCACUCCUACACACCGCCUACCCGUACACACACAACCACACACACACACACACUCGCAACACACAAUGCUGCGUAGCUGUGUGUGUUUGGGUGGUGGCGCGAAACGACGUAGCUCCUCGCUAGAGGAUACCUCAUCGUGCCGGUCAUCCGAAAUUGAACGUGUGGCCAAACGCAUGGAGACCAUGACCGUCUAUACGAAAACCACAUCGACCGCAAAAACGACAACCACAACAACAAGCAAAUUACAGCAGCAGCAGCAGCAACAGCAACAGUUGCAGCAAAGCAACGGCAGCGGCCGCAGUACCACUUCCAGUCUAUUGCAGUUCUUCCAAUCGAAAACGUGGUACCGGCAUUGGCGAAAAACGGAACGCUCAAUGAGCAUGUCAAAGACCGAACGAA